GAUACGCGGAUGCGAGAGGCGUUGGCUGGACGCGAGAGGCGCCGAACUGAUUUAAAGUUAUCGAUAAAUCUACAAGUUUUAGGAUGGCAACCGACCAAGAACGAAGGAGUCCAAGUAUCAGUGACCUCGAUGGGAAGCGGAGAAAAGGCCCCGUUACUGUGGAUGGAGUACUGCUGGAUGGACCACUCAAUGACCCGAAAGUGGGGGAAAAGUUUAUACAAGAUGCAUUUCAGGUCAUUCUGGAAGAAGCCAUCAGAAAGGGGACGGAUGUCAGUGAGCAGGUCUGUGAGUGGAAGGAACCCGAUGAGCUGCGGAUGCUUCUUGACCUUGAUUUGGUUGACGCUGGUGAGCCCUCUGAGAAACUGCUGGAGCGAUGCCAAGAUGUCAUCCGAUACAGCGUCAAAACAAUUCACCCGCGAUUCUACAACCAGCUGUUUGCGGGGCUGGACCAUCACUCGUUGGUUGGCUGCUAUAUCACCGAGACACUGAACACCAGCCAAUACACCUAUGAGAUUGCACCAGUCUUUGUGCUGAUGGAGGAAACCGUGUUGAGAAAAAUCAGUGAGAUGAUCGGAUGGAAGCACUUCGAUGGACUGUUCUGCCCAGGAGGCUCCAUCGCUAACAUGUAUGCUAUGAACAUGGCCAGGUACAAGCUUUACCCUGAAGUAAAAAAACGAGGCUUGUGGGAAGUUCCGCGACUGGCGAUCUUCACCUCUGAUGAGAGUCACUACUCGGUCGCUAAAGGGGCUGCCUUCCAGGGUCUGGGUACGGACAGUGUGUAUGUAGUAAAAACAGAUGAAAGAGGGAGGAUGAUUCCAAAAGAUCUGGAAGAGCAAAUUUCCAUUGUAAGGUCCAAGGGGACAGUUCCAUUCCUGGUGAAUGCUACAUCUGGAACAACAGUCUUUGGAGCCUUUGAUCCUCUGCCGGAAAUUGCAGAUAUUUGUGAAAGAGAAGGAAUCUGGCUUCAUGUUGAUGCAGCCUGGGGUGGAAGUGUCUUAUUUUCCAGGAAACACCGGCACCUGCUGACUGGGAUUGAAAGGGCCAAUUCUGUUGCUUGGAACCCACACAAAAUGCUACAGGUGGGGCUGCAGUGUUCAGUCUUCCUGCUCAACGAUGACACCGGCCUCAUGAAGAAGUGUCACUCUGCCAACGCAGGUUACCUCUUCCAGCCGGACAAGUUCUACGACGUCGGCUACGACACUGGGGACAAGUCGCUUCAGUGUGGCCGGAAGGUGGAUUGCUUCAAGCUGUGGCUGAUGUGGAAAGCUGUUGGUACUCGAGGGCUGGAGCAAAAAGUCGACCGUGCCUUUGCCUGCGCCAGGUACCUGGUCAAUGAGAUGAAACGGAGGGCAGGGUUUCGACUACUGAUGGAGCCUCAGUGUGUUAAUGUCUGCUUCUGGUACAUCCCUCCCAGCUUGCGAGGGAAAGAGGAGAGUCCUGACUUCUGGAAAAACCUGGGAAUGGUGGCUCCAUUCAUCAAGGAACGGAUGGUGAAGCAAGGUACCAUGAUGGUUGGUUACCAGCAACAACGAACCAACGUGAACUUCUUCCGGCAGAUCCUGAUCAGCCCUCAGAUCAGCCUAGAUGACCUGGAAUUUAUCUUGGAUGAAAUCGAGCACCUUGGAAAGGACUUCCAGCCGCACUGAUGCGUGACCUGUCUGUUGUCUGAAGAGUUGGGACCAAGUUUAGAUGACCCUCUACUAGUUGCUCCCUGAACCCUCGAAGAACCUGUCAGCUUUUUUUUCUGUUUUCUCCACCACUUGAUUAAGUGGUUUUGCUUGGCAAAGUAUUGUAUUUUUGUUGCUGUUUUGCUGAAUAAAGACCAGAUGAGUUAAAG